AGAGGCGAAUUGUGUGUGAAGUAGGGUGCAAGACAAGUCACCAAUUCAUUCACACAAUAAAAAAACUCCGAAACGACACCUACAAUACAAGCACAGUCUAGUCACACAGUGAAAAUAACUUAGGGUUUCUCUUUUCUCAUUCACAACACAAAUUCCUCUUUGCGUUUUCUUGCUGUAUCAAUGGCAAGAGCUACUUCUAACUCCGUCAAUCCUCACGCUCGUACCGGAGUUCGUAUCGUCGUCGCCGGCGACAAAGGUACCGGUAAAUCAAGCCUCAUCAGUACCGCCUCCUCCGAUAACUUCCGCCCGAAUGUCGCCCCUGUUUUGCCUCCCACAACUCUAGCUGUGGAUCUGUAUCCUGAUCAUGUGCCUAUCACAAUCAUCGAUACCUCUUCUCGUAUUGAGGACACUAAUAAAGUUGCUGAAGAACUACAGAGGGCUGACACAGUUGUCUUAACUUAUGCAUGUGAUCGACCAGAGACACUUGAAAAUCUUAGUACAUUUUGGCUCCCUCAUCUUCGCAACUUAGAGGUUAAAGUCCCGGUUAUAGUGGUUGGUUGUAGGCUUGAUCUUCGAGAUGAAAAUGCACAGGUGAGCUUAGAACAGGUGAUGUCACCAAUAAUGCAACAGUUCCGCGAGAUUGAAACUUGCAUUGAGUGUUCAGCAUCUAGGCAUAUCCAGGUCCCUGAAGUUUUCUACUAUGCACAAAAAGCUGUUCUUCAUCCAACUGCCCCGUUAUUUGAUCAAGAGACACAAACUCUAAAGCCUCGAUGUGUGCGGGCUUUGAAGCGGAUCUUUAUCCUCUGUGACAUUGACAGAGAUGGUGCUCUAAGCGAUGCUGAAUUAAAUGAUUUUCAGGUUAAAUGUUUCAAUGCUCCUUUGCAACCAUCUGAAAUUAUUGGUGUAAAGAAGGUUGUGCAAGACAAAUUAUCCGAAGGUGUGAAUGAACGAGGACUUACUUUGACGGGAUUUCUAUUUCUUCACGCCCUUUUCAUAGAAAAAGGGCGUCUCGAGACAACAUGGACUGUGCUCAGGAAGUUUGGAUAUAAUGAUGAGAUUAAGCUUGCAGAUGAUUUAAUUCCAACUUUUAAAUACGCUCAUGAUCAGAGUGUUGAAUUGACAAAUGAAGCGAUUGAUUUCUUGAAGACCACUUUUGAUGCAUAUGAUGCUGAUUUUGAUGGGAUGCUGCGUCCCCGUGAAAUUGACGAAUUGUUUUCUACUGCCCCGGAAAGCCCCUGGAUCGGAAAUCUAUAUGAGGAUGCUGCAGAAAGGAAUGCGUUUCAAGGACUAUCACAAGAUGCAUUUUUGUCAGAGUGGGCACUCAUGACACUUCUAAACCCAACCUUUAGUUUGGAGAACCUUAUAUACAUUGGUUACGCUGGUGAACCCUCAUCUGCUAUACGUGUGACCAGGAAGCGGCGCACAGAUCGCAAAAAACAACAUUCAGACAGGAAUGUAUUGCAGUGCUUUGUUUUUGGGCCUAGGAAUGCUGGAAAAUCUGCAUUAUUGAAUUCUUUCAUUGGAAGACCAUACACCGAAGCUUACAAUCCAACCAACGAGGAUCGUUAUGCUGUAAAUGUUGUUGAUAUUGCUAGGGAAAACAGAAAAUAUCUUGUGCUAAAAGAGAUUCCUGAAGGUGGAGUUGCAAGGCUGCUUGGCAAGAAGGAGUCUCUGGCCUCAUGUGACAUUGCAGUUUUUGUUCAUGACAGGUCUGACGAAUCUUCAUGGAAGGCAUCAUCUGAACUCUUGGAAAGAAUUGCUAGUCAUGGAGAAGAAACAGGCUUUGAGGUGCCCUGCCUUAUAGUUGCAGCUAAAGAUGAUCUCGAUUCAUUUACAUCGGCUAUACAAGAUUCCAUUAGGGUUAGUCAGGACAUGGGUGUAGAGGCUCCUAUACCAAUCAGUGUGAAAUUAGGGGAUUUCAACACUGUGUUCCGCCGAAUUGUAACUGCUGCUGAGCACCCUCAUUUAAGCAUUCCAGAAACUGAAGCUGGUAAAACCCGCAAGCAGUUCAACAAGCGCAUGGGUCGAUCACUAAUGUUUGUUUCAGUUGGAGCUGCAGUGGCACUUGUUGGGCUCGGUGCUUACAGGAUCUAUGCUGCAAGGAAGAGUUCGUCUGGUUAAACGGCAUAAUUUUUGUAGACGGGUCCUCAUCUAUAUAAUCUUGAUCCGGAUGCAAUCUGCUCUAUGUCUAAACUUAAUUGCCCUUAACGUUAAAGGCUUUUUUAUAACCUUCAAUUUUAUUUUUGUCAAGGUUGAAUUAGGUUAGCACAAAUUUUAUUAUACAUAAAUUAUUGGAUCUUAUGAUUAGCUAGGGCCUUCGUGAACAUAACAAUAAUGUGUUAUUCUGUCCGUACUACCAGUUCAUUACUGGAAACUCUCAUAGAAUGAAAUUAUCAUCUCUGCA